AUGAACAUCACCUUCAGCAACUACAAGGGUUUUCUGUGUGGAGGAGGCAGUCCCGAUGGGCGCGUCGACCUGCGCAAGUACCUUCCGCAGAUCAGCAACUCCCAGCCUAGCGGUAGGAAGGAGAACACAGGCAAGUCCAGCACAGCCGGUUCCGUCGAGUACCGGACAGACGGAUUUGACCUCUUGGCAUCUGCAUGGAGCCUGCAGGAAACUGGUUCCGACGGUACUGAGCUGCACCUGUUGGAAAACAGCGUGACUGACGGAAGCACACAGCAGCGUAUACUAUGCUACGGCAACUACUUGCGAAAUCUAUGCUUCCAGUCUGCCGAGAACAACGAGUCGCCAUCGUCGAAGGGCAAUGACCAGUUGAGCUCACAUACCACCCUGUAUGGAGAGGAGGUGCUGGAAGGCAGCGACACUGGCGCCUUGGACGAGGACGCACCCAGUCCACAGAUACCGGAGAUGGCAAAGACCCCCAUAAGGGAUAAGAAGAAACGGCUCACUCCCGACGAAAGGAAACUUUUGCGACAGCAGGCAAGGGAAAUGAAGAGAAAUGCACGGCUAGCCAAGACGCAGGAAAAGAAAGGCCUCCAUGGUGGUGAUCUUGACCUCGGCCUCGACCUCGUUCCCAGCACAAACUGUAUCGGAUCCAGAUCCAAAGCAAAGCAUCUCAGGUUUCUCAUCGAUGAGUGUAUCAAGGCUGCGACCAUUACUGUAGGCGGCAGCAAAUUGAGUGACACCACCAAGGUCUCGCAAAUUGACGAUGUCACCCUCUACAUUACCGACCUGAAAAACUUGCAGGAUGAUGAGUGGCUUUCGGACAGUAAUAUAAGUUGGGUGUAUGCAUUUUUGUAUCACGGUUAUCUCCUCCCACUACUAAGCGAGUCUUUGAAAAGCUCAAAGUUUUAUCAAUAUAAGAAGGAGAAGGAAGAGUUUGUUUCUCCCAUAUGUCUUCUCUUGCCCACCUUCACUUUUCUUAUUGCCAACAACCCUGACCCUGAAGACCUUUUGACGUGCAACGUGUUGCCAAACGGGAUUUCCGAUGCGCAAAUCGUAUUCUGCCCUUUGAACGAUAACGAUGAUUUCGGAUGCUCUGAAGGGGGAUCCCACUGGAGCUUGGUGGUUUUUUUCAAGCUGCAGCCCACUGGCGUCCCAUCCAAAACAGCAUACAUCCAGAAAGCUCUAGUCUAUGACUCGAUGUUCCAAGCAAACGCAUCUGAGACUGAGCGGCUGGUCCAUAAUAUGGCAAAAGUUCUCUACAACCCUAAAGACCCCAGAUCCAAACUCGAAUGGGAUAUUGUUCAUGUCCGAGAUUCUCCACAGCAAACCAAUGGAUCUGAUUGUGGAGUGUACGUUGCCGCCAUAACUUCCUUCCUCGUCUCCCAGCUUGUUGCCCUGACGGGCUCAUCAACAAGGCAUGCAGCUGCAGGUGACCCCUUUGUCGAUCUGUCGUUGAAGAGCUUGAGAUUCAACGCAAUCGAUUCAAGGAUAUGGAUGUUGAGCACUUUACUAAAUUUCUUGAAAAAUCCAAAAAUAGAUUGA